ACUUCGGCUCUCUGCUCCUCCCCGUUCGACAGACAGCCGCAUCUUCUGGUGCAGUGCCAGCCGCGUCCCCGGGACACGAUGGUGAAAGUCAGAGUGAACGGAUUUGGCCGUAUUGGGUGCCUGGUCACCAGGGCUGCUUUUAACUCUGGCAAAGUGGAUAUUGUCGCCAUCAAUGACCCCUUCAUUGACCUCAACUAUAUGGUCUACAUGUUCCAGUAUGAUUCCACCCAUGGCAAAUUCCACGGCACAGUCAAGGCUGAGAACGGGAAGCUUGUCAUCAAUGGAAAGUCCAUCUCCAUCUUCCAGGAGGGAGAUCCCGCCAGCAUCAAAUGGGGUGAUGCUGGUGCUGAGUAUGUUGUGGAGUCCACUGGGGUCUUCACCACCAUGGAGAAGGCUGGGGCUCACUUGAAGGGCGGGGCCAAGAGGGUCAUCAUCUCUGCUCCUUUUGCCGAUGCCCCCAUGUUUGUGAUGGGUGUGAACCAUGAUAAGUAUGACAACUCCCUCAAGAUUGCCAGCAAUGCCUCCUGCACCACCAACUGCUUGGCUCCUCUGGCCAAGGUCAUCCAUGACAACUUCAGCAUCAUGGAGGGAUUCAUGACCACCGUCCAUGCCAUCACUGCCAGCCAGAAGACCGUGGACGGCCCCUCUAGGAAGCUGUGGUGCGACAGCCGAGGGGUUGCCCAGAACAUCAUCCCUGCUUCCACUGGUGCUGCCAAGGCUGUGGGCAAGGUCAUCCCUGAGCUGAACGGGAAGCUCACUGGCAUGGCCUUCCGUCUCCCCACCCCCAACAUGUCCAUCGUGGAUCUGACCUGCCACCUGGAGAAAGCUGCCAAAUACGACGACAUCAAGAAGGUGGUGAAACAGGCAUCGGAGGGCCCCCUCAAGGGCAUCCUGCGGUACACUGAGGACCAAGUUGUCUCCUGCGACUUUAACAGUGACACCUAUUCCUCCGCCUUCGAUGCCAGGGCUGGCAUUGCUCUCAACAACCACUUUGUCAUGCUCAUUUCCUGGUAUGACAAUGAAUUUGGUUACAGCAACCGGGUGGUGGACCUUAUGGUCCACAUGGCCUCCAAGGAGUAAGAGCCCCCUGGACCACCAGCCCCAGUGAGAGCAAGAGGAAGAGAGAGGCCCUCAGCUGCUGAGGAGUCCCUGCCACAACUUAUCCCCCCAAACACUGAGAAUCUCCCGACCUCCACUGUUUCCAUCCCAGACCCCCUGAAGAAGGGGAGAGGCUUGGGGAGCCCUACCUUGUCAUGUACCAUCAAUAAAGUAUACUGUACCCAGCCAAAAAAAAAGAGAGAG